AUGGCUACUGCAGGCGACCAACGCUCACCUAUGGCAAUGGGUGAGCAGCACUCGCCCAUCAUCUUCUCCGACCGCCUUGUCGACCAGGAUGAGCGGCUCGAUGCGCUGUUCACGAUGUGGGAGGAGGCGCAGGUUGUGUGCGCCGACCUUGCGGCGCGCCCUGAGGCAGACUUGCUCAGCUUCGCGCACGAGGCGGCGUACUUCUCCGUCGUGGAUGUGAAGGAGGGAUACUUGGAUCUCAACGGCAGUAUCGACGAGAACACGACGACCGCGACACCUGCGAACAAACAGGUGCCUCCUCCGACGCGGCCGCAACUCAAAACCAUCGAGUCGCUGGCUAAGGGCAAGAAGGCGCUUAAGGCUAAUGUGGCUACACCUCGUGCGACGUCGACCUCGUCUGCUAAGCCCGAUGUGCUCUCGGUGGUGCAGGAUCAGGAUACCCAGGAUAUUCUUGACGAGCUUCUGGAGCUAGAGGGGAAGCGCAUCGAUGAUGGAGGCGGAAUUGAUGAUGCGUCGAGGCCACCCGGUGCUGUGAUGUUCCUCGAUGGCUCUAUCAACGUCGACCUCUCAUCGACGGGCACAUCGACCAGUGCUACGCCCAAGAAAUCCUCUACCGCUGAACCUGAACUCGCCUCCGACGCCAGCACUUCCUCACCCACGGCCUCUACGCCCCCAAACAGUGUCAAAAAGCUCGCCAAGAAAUUUCCCAAAUCGUGUCUCGACCAUCCUGAGGGUCGCUGCAACGCUGGCACCGACUGCGGGCUCCAGCAUGACCUCUGGAAGUGCGAAUGCGGACGUAUCAUGGGGCCUGGCGGUCAGACGGCCCAUCGGUCAAGCCAGAAACACCUUGCGGGGGUGGCGAGGAUCGAGGCAGCGGCGAAGAAGGAGGCAAAGGUGAAGAAGGAGGCAAAGGCAACCCAGACCAAUACCAAGACCCCAUCUGGAAAGGACGUAUCAGAAAAAGACCCUUGCAAGAAGUCUACUGGCAAGGCGCGCAAAGCUGCUGAUAUCUCCAACCGACAGAUGUUGGAAUCGUGGGGUUGCUUGGACGAGUACGACUCGCCUCCACCUGCCCCAGAGUCGCGCGUCAAGUCCCCCGUGGGGCUGGUGUACCUCGUCGUCGACGCUGCCACGCAGACCGCGCCAGACAUUCCUGUCACCCUGAACCUUGGGCUCUACCUGGCGCCCACCUUCCGCAACCAGGGCCUCGGGCAGCGCGUACUGAUCAGCGUCCUAGCGCGCGCGUUCGAGGUCAUGCACGCGCAUCGGGUGCAGGUGCGCAUUUUGGGGAAUCGGGAGAGGCAUGUAGCGCUGGCGUUGUUUACGAAGCUUGGCUUCGCACACGAGGGUACGCGGCGCGCGUCGUUCUGGAGCCCGCUUGAGGCGCUGUGGCGCGACGAGACCACGAUGGCCAUUCUCGACACGGACUGGGUUAUGAGGCCCAUCAGGGCGCUGGCGCGUCGCGGGGCUCCGGCCGAUGUCUGGGAGGCCUUGGUCGAGCGCCAUGCUAGGUAUAGAACGCGAAGAGCUCCUGGACUGGGAGGACAAGAGGCCAGAUUACCUACGUCGGACGGCCAGUCUGGAGACGAUACGCUUGCACAACGAAGCGGUCCCCUCGGAGUCGGGAUACAUGUCGAGCGAAAGGACGUCGCCGGCGUCGAGCAGAGGCGUGUCGCCCAUGUCAACGAGAAGGUCGUCACCAAUGUCCUCCAAAAGUUCGUCACCGGUGUCUUCGAGGAGGUCCUCGGUUUAUGCGGCGUCAGAGGACAGCAUGUCGAAGUCAUCUUUGAGGAGCGGGUCAAGGGGGUCUGGGAGGGCUUCUCAUGGUGGUAG